GUUGUGAGGUGAUAAGGUGCCGCGCUCCGGGACGCCAGCGCUGUGGUCGCCGUCUCUGCUGGGCUCUAGGCUGUUUCUCCCGCGCCGCCACUGGCCGCCGGCCGCAGCUGCCGGUGUCCUAGCCGCCCAGUCUCGGCGCUGUCCCGGUGCCCCCGUGCUCUGCGCGAAGCCCUGGCCCCGGCGGCCGGGGCAUGGGCCAAGGGCGCUGGGUGAGGCGGCUUCCCGAGGAGCCGUGACGGGGCGGGCUUCAGCAUGAAGACCCUCAUAGCCGCCUACUCCGGGGUCCUACGCGGCGAGGGUCGGGCCAAGGCUGACCCUAUCCAGCGCUCUCACGGAGGACCUUCGCUGUCGCGCGAGGGGUCUGGGAGAUGGGGUACUGGCUCCAGCAUCCUCUCCGCCCUCCAGGACCUCUUCUCCAUCACCUGGAUCAAUAGGUCCAAGGUGGAAAAGCAGCUACAGGUCAUCUCAGUGCUCCAGUGGGUCCUUUCCUUCCUGGUAAUGGGAGUGGCCUGCAGUGCCAUCCUCAUGUAUAUAUUCUGCACCGAUUGCUGGCUCAUCGCCGUGCUCUACUUCACUUGGCUGGUGUUUGACUGGAACACACCCAAGAAAGGUGGCAGAAGGUCACAGUGGGUUCGAAACUGGGCUGUGUGGCGCUACUUUCGAGACUACUUUCCCAUCCAGCUGGUGAAGACACACAACCUGUCGACAACCAGGAACUAUAUCUUUGGAUACCACCCCCAUGGCAUCAUGGGCCUGGGUGCCUUCUGCAACUUCAGCACAGAGGCCACAGAAGUGAGCAAGAAGUUCCCGGGCAUACGGCCUUACCUGGCUACACUGGCAGGCAACUUCCGAAUGCCUGUGCUGAGGGAGUACCUGAUGUCUGGAGGCAUCUGCCCUGUCAACCGGGAUACCAUAGACUAUUUGCUUUCAAAGAAUGGGAGUGGCAAUGCCAUCAUUAUCGUGGUGGGGGGCGCAGCUGAGUCUCUGAGUUCCAUGCCUGGAAAGAAUGCAGUAACUCUGCGGAAUCGCAAGGGCUUUGUGAAACUAGCCUUGCGCCAUGGAGCUGACUUGGUUCCCAUCUACUCCUUUGGAGAGAAUGAAGUGUACAAGCAGGUGAUCUUCGAGGAGGGCUCCUGGGGCCGAUGGGUCCAGAAGAAGUUCCAGAAAUACAUUGGCUUUGCUCCAUGCAUCUUCCAUGGCCGAGGCCUCUUCUCCUCUGACACCUGGGGGCUGGUGCCCUACUCCAAGCCCAUCACCACUGUUGUGGGAGAGCCCAUCACCAUCCCCAAAUUGGAGCACCCGACCCAGCAGGACAUCGACCUGUACCACACCAUGUACAUGGAGGCCCUGGUGAAACUCUUUGAUAAGCACAAGACCAAAUUCGGCCUCCCAGAGACUGAGGUCCUGGAGGUGAACUGAGCCAACUCCCGGGAGGAACCAGCUACAAAUCAUUUUCUAUCAAGUGCUUUUUUGUUCUGUAAAUGUGGAAGCGUCAUGGGUGUCUGUGGGUUAUUUAAAAGAAAUUAUAAUAAUUUUGCUAAACCAUUACAAUGUUAGGUUUUUUUUAAGAAGGAAAAAGUUAGUAUUUCCAGCUCUUUCACUUCCGGUUUGGCCUGUUCUAGGUGGUGGCUAAAUCUGGGUCUAAUCUGGGUGGCUUAGCCAACCCCUCUUCUUCCCUUCCUGAAAUGACAGGAAACUCAGUCUUGGCUCACAGGGGAAGGAGGAUUGCCAUUAGUGACUCAGGCCAGUUAGAUGAGUCACUUUUUGCCCCUAGGGAUGAGAGGCAAAAGCUAUUUCUCAUACAAGCCCCUCUAUUGCCACUAUCCCACACUCGUCUGGUCCUGAAACUGCAGGACCAGUUUCUCUGCCAAAGAGGAGUCGGAGAGCAUCAUUGCCCCAUUGUGUGAGGCCAGUGGUAGGCAUCUGGAAUGUUCCAGUUUGAUCUCCCUUCUGCCACCCACACCUCACUCCCAGUCACUCACAUCGGAGCCUGGACUGGCCUCCAGGAUGAGGGUGGGAGUGGCAAUGACACUGUGCAGGGGAAAGGACAUGACAAUGUGCAUGCACCAUUGCAGGGAGGAUGCAGCCACCAUGAACUUGAUGGAAUAACUGGUUUUUCUUGGGUGGCUGAAGACAUGGACUCAGCACAGACUCAGCUUUGGCCUGGAGCUCACACUUCCUAGGUGCCCUCAGUAUACCUUCUCUACACCUCAGUCUGGGUAUGAGGAAGAGGUUCCUCUUCAGAAGGGGCCUCGCCUUCUGAGCGGCAGAUUGGUUCCAGAACAAGUGGCCCCGGACCCAAGCCCCGGACCCAAUUUGUGCCUUCCUGAGGGGUUUGGGGCCUGAGAGGAAACCCAAACCUCUCCUGUGUGUUCUGUUAUCUCUUGAUGACAUCAUUGCACCAUGUCAGACUUUUGUAUAUGCUUGGAAAAUAAAUGAAAGCGAGAAUCCUCUGA